GUUUCGCGACGCGCAGACAGGCGGUGCGAUGACCGAGCCGAAGCGCGGGCUGCGUAAGGCAACGACCGUGAGCCUCCGCCGGCUCAAAGAGACACCGGAGGUUGAGGCGCCGAGUCGCCCGGCCACCAUGCCACCGGCAAGUGCGACACUGUCGCCGCUGCCGAGUCGCCCGUCCUCACACGGCGAGAUGCUCGUGCCCGAGCCGUCAUGUGACACAAGGGACGCGCUGCGCCGACCAAAAGCCGUACUCUCAACGCGUUGUUUUGGCUGCGGCGGCCUCCCGGAGAUGUGUCUCCACUGCUUCUCCAACUGCAAGAAGAACGACAUGACCAAGUACAAGCAGAGCUUGGCGAAGGGCGUCGAAUGGCUCUUUGUCAAAGCCACGUCCCGAGCGUUCAGCCAUCUCUCGGAUACGAUCACGCAGUGGGUCUUUGGGAUGUGGAAAUUUUACUGUCAGCAAAAGAAGCUCCACCGCCAGUACGCGCUUCGGCUCGUCGAGCGCCAGCGGCUCAAGCGCGUCAUGAGCUCGUGGCGCAUCCAGGCGUACGACCGACGUGCGUAUGGUGCGCUCGUGUAUGCCCAAGGCGAACAUACGCGCGUCGUGGCGCUCGAGGCAGAACUCAACGCGCUCCAAGGCACUCUCACCGACCUCAAGCAAGAGCACCAAGUGCGCGCGCACUUGGACGCCGACAAGAUGGCCAAGUUGCACGGCCUCAUUCAAGAAGAGAAGCAGCGCGUCGUCGACAAGAACAAGGAGCUCGCUGCGAUCAAAGGCCAGUUGGCCAUCAUGCAAGCCAGCUUUGCCUCGCUGGAAGCGAAAGCCGAGAAGGCCGAGAUGCUCACGGCCCUCCAAGCCGAACUGUUUGACUACAAGAAAGUGUGUUUUCAAAUGUCCCACGAGCUCAUUUCGCAAAUGGAGCGCCAAGUGGACGAAUUUGCACUCUACGACGGACGUCAGUAUUUCAACGACGUUUUGUCCAACGACGUGGUUAAUUCCCUUGAUUUGAUGGAGAACCCGAUCUUGUACGACCCCAGCUUCAAGCUCAACAAGGACGUGCGUCGCGAAGACCGCGAAAAAGCCAAAAAAGAAAUUAAAAAAGUUUCGCCCAUCAACUCGGCCCCCGUCGAUCGCGCCGACCGCAUUCUCAUGCAGUGGGUCAACUACCUCUUGCUCAAGAAGUCGCCACCCGAUUGGCUCAAGGCGACGCGCAUCUCCAACUGCAACACCAAUCUUCAAGACGGCAAAGCGUAUGCGGUCGUGACGCGCAUUCUUCACGACGCCAUGUGCAAUUUACGACCUCGAAAAAAGACGUACGAAGCCGCACUGCAGCGAGAAAACGGCGUCGCACUCACCGACCAAGCCGCCGAGCGCUACUUGACGUUGAUGAUCAACGAGAGCGACGACCAGCGACGCCUCGAGCUCAUGCUCAAUACGAUUGGACAGGCCAUGUGGCUACCCAGCGAGCUGGUCAAAGCCCAGGACAUUAUGGCCGGCGACAGCGACUUCAACUUGGUGCUGCUCGGCUACCUUUUUUGCACGUCGCCGCCCGUCGUGGAAGAGACCCACACGGAGCACUGCAAUACGCUCAUGCGGCAACUCACGCUUGAACGCGCGCAGUGGCGCGAGUUUAAAGAAAAGGCGGACGCGAACGACGUGACGAGCGCUGUUUCGAAAAAAAUCAAGCUCGCACUUGCGCACUUGCUCGAAAUGAAAAAGCGGCUCGACACCGAGGUCAAGAAGGCCCACGACGGUCACGUCAUCUGGUGGAAGAGCUCGCGUGUCGUCUUGCGCAAGUGCUUUUUAACCCUCUCGAUGAUGGCCCAUGGCAAGUCGGGGUUUAUGGUGGCCGCCGAAAAAGCUGCCGACAACGAAGGCUUCCUCCUCGUGCCCCACGAUCGCAUCGGAUCGAUUCUGUUUGACCACGAAGACGCCAAAUGGGAAAUCGACAUGCUGCAAGGCUAUCUCAAUAGCGUCUACAACGACCUCUCGCGCAUUUACCGCAGCUAUGCGAGUCGUGGCGCCACGACCGAAGUCGGCGUUAUGAGCUAUGGUGGUCUUCUCGAACUCCUUUCGGAGUGCAACAUUCCCGACAACAACUUUGCCCUCAAAGACAUGGAAGGCAUCUUUGCAGCCGUGACCGACACGAAACCCGACAACACGGCCGACGGCGACGCAGUCAUCGUCGAUGUCAACCGCGCGCUGCUGCCCGCCGAGUUUAUAGAGGCGCUCAUCCGCAUCGCUCGAAAGCGUUAUAGUGGGCAGUACAAGACCACGGCGCUCUCCGAGUCAUUUUGUCUUCUCGUCGACAACCAGAUUCUACCGUACGCGUACCAGAACGACGCCGAAAAGUUCCAGAAACAGAUGGAGUCGCCAGGGCUCCGCAACAUGCUCAUCAAGUACCAAGACGACAUGAAAGCGCUGUUUACGCGGUACUCGGUGGACCAGGGCAAGAAGAAGACUAAGACGACCAAGAUGACGGCGUAUACGCUCAUGAAGUUUGUGUCGGACCGCAGCCUCGAAGACGACGUGUUUACGAACGAGCGCGCGCUCCAAGUCGUUGGCCACGCUGUCCGUGCCCGCGCCAUCUCCAAGACGGAGCUCAUGCAGCAAGAAAUUACAUUUGACGCCUUCCAAGAGACUAUGGUCGCCAUGGCCUGCCACAAGAACCCGGACCCGUACGUCUCGGUCGAGAACCGGUUUCAGAAAUUUGCGACCAUGUACAUUGUGUCAGCUGCCUAACAGACAAUAUGUAUCGAGUUCUUCCA